GAUUUUCAGGAUUUUUAAAAUUACCAACUUUUACCUAUGUAUUAUAUUGCCUAUUACAGAGUGUGUCCAGCUUUUCUGGCUCAAGACGGGGCAGCAAUGAAUCUACAGAGUCCGAUGUUUCCUCGAAGGACAGCAGGGAUCCCAAGGAUCAGGUCCGACAAUUUAAGAAUCAAUUACGAGAAUUGGAGGAGAAGUACAAGGCGGCUAUGGUGACAAAUGCUCAACUAGAUAAUACAAAAACAAGUCAAGUGUUCCAAUUAGAACUGCUGAAAGAACAGUUAGAAGAACAAGAAGAAGGCAUGAUAGAAGUACAGAGAGAGUAUAAAGAUAAAUGUAGAGAAUAUGACCUUUUAAAAAGGGAUCAUGAAAGUUUAAAAUUAGAAUUUGAUGGAAUCAAGCAACAAAUAGAAAUUAAAGAUAAAUUAUUAAAGGUAAGUGAAAUUUUACAGGGCGAGUCAUAA